AUGACUGAAAGAACUAGAAACUCGCAUGCUUCAACCCCUGCGAACCCGACUGCAGGCACCCAGGAGCAGCCACCUGAAUCAUGGAUAAUCUCUGUGAAAGAAGUCUCAGAGGACUUAUCAAUCACUUAUGAGACAUCAUUCUCUGCAUCUGUGACAGAGAAACUCUUCAAACUCAUGAAUGAACCAAUCUCAGUGAAGAACAUCCUUGAGCAUCUCCUGCAGAAUCAAGCUAUUUUUCUACAAGAAAUGCUUACUGUCUGUAAACACUCUCAAACUGAGUCUCUAGACAUGAUCUCCAGAGACACCUGUGAAUCAAAAAGAAACUUCCUCAAGUCACAAUCACUUAAGAUCAUCUAUCAAAUCACAAUCUAUAAAAGCUUUUGCAAGUUUGCAUUUGAAAUUGACUCACAAGCCUGA